CGACUACGUUCCUCACUUGAGUUCCUUCAACGCCCACGAUCUGCACACACUCUUCGCGUCAUCGAGCGAUGCCUUUCUCGCAACACGUCCUCGACAGUGCCCUCGAAGCGGUUGGAAACACCCCGCUCAUCCGGCUGGACAGGAUCGCCCAGCAAGAGGGACUACAGUGCAAUUUGCUUGGCAAGCUGGAAUACACUUCCGUAGGCGGGUCCGUCAAGGACCGCAUAGCGAAGCGGAUGGUAGAAGAGGCGGAGAAGGAGGGCAAGCUGAUCCCUGGCAAGAGCGUGGUCAUAGAGCCCACAUCUGGCAACACUGGCAUCGGUCUGGCGAUAGCAUGCGCCGUUAAGGGAUAUUCCGUGAUCAUCACGAUGCCUAACAAGAUGUCUCUUGAGAAGGAAGCCGCGCUGCGCGCCCUCGAUGCAGAAGUCGUUCGGACGCCCGACGAGGCUGCCUCGGAUUCGCCCGAAUCUCACAUAGGAGUGGCGCACAAGCUCCAGCGCGAGAUUCCUGGUGGAAUUAUCCUCGAUCAGUAUAGUAACGUUAACAAUCCUCUAGCGCAUGAGUACACGACCGGGCCUGAGAUCAUCGAGGCAAUCACGGCGACGCCGUCUACGCCAGAGAAGCCUUCUUCCGGCAAGGUCGACGUACUCGUCGCCGGCGCAGGUACAGGGGGCACCGUCACCGGGCUAUCGCGCGCCAUGAAAAAGGCGCAUAACGAACACUGCAUAAUCAUCGGUGUCGAUCCCAGAGGCAGCGUCCUCGCGAUGCCCGAGUCAUUGAACACCGCCGACAUGGGCGAGCAGUAUGUCGUGGAGGGUAUCGGGUAUGACUUCGUGCCGGACGUGCUCGCGCGCGAGGAGAUCGACCAUUGGGUGAAGACAUCUGACGACGAGGCAUUCGCGGCUGUGCGCAAGCUCAUGCGUGUCGAAGGCCUUCUUGUCGGAGGGAGCAGCGGGAGUGCCCUGAGUGGUGUGCUGCGGUGGCUGAAGGAGACACAGGAGGGGAGGAGGGCCGCGCAGACGAGGGGCGCGAACGUCGUGGUGCUGUUGCCUGAUGGGAUCAGGAAUUAUAUGAGCAAGCCGUGGUUCCUCAAGAUGGCGCUCGAAUCAGAGCCGUCGCCGCUUGCGCAUCGCAUCGCCGACAUCCUCAAACCCGGGCAGCAAGCAAUCAAGACGCGGAACGGCGCGGUGGACGACAUUGCCUCCCUUGCGAAGGCGGGUGCCACUUAGAACAGAACGGAGGCUAUUGACGAGUCUUCAUAUUGAGGGAUUGACUGGUGGACGCUGUUGUGCAUCGUGUGGCUCAAUGGGAGUACUUUAGAUUGUUCCGUAGAGAUCGUGUCUCUAGUUACGUCGUUUAACCAGCAUGAACUUGGCUGAAGUAAUAUUGAUCGCAGAACGUUCGCCAGCUCUCCACAGUGAAGAGAGACUACCCUCGGUACCUUCAUCACCUCGCUUACGAUCGUACCUUAGCCAUUUCAAUCUCGC